ACAGUACUGCGCAAGGUUAUCAAGAAGAAGAAGAAAAACACUAUACGUAAGAACAAAAAAGAGUGCAGCAUCCUGUUCAUUUAAGGGACAAACAGACGCUGAGUGAAACCCACAAGCCAAACUGCAGCACAACUGCACUCUUGGCUCCUGUGGUUUCUUUCCAGCCUCUGGUCCUCAGAAGCACUCCUCAUGCGAUAGUGGAGACAGACCGUAUUCAUCAGGUCCUCAGUUGGGAUUUGCUGUUUCAUGCAACAGCAUCUGCGUCGCUUUCUCUCUGGGCCUGUGAAGACACCAGCAACCAUGUUGAAGAUACUUGUAAUUCUAGCAGCAAUCACAGGACCUGUGAGCUGUGUGAUUGUGACUAUGCCACAAACUGCUGUGAACACAACCGUUGGUGCGAAUGUCACUCUUCUUUGCACAUACAGAACGGAGAUGUCGAUAUCUGGUUUGUUCAUUCAGUGGAGUUUCUACAAUCACAUUUCGAAGAACCGUCCAAUACUUUCCCCGUGCCACCUUAUUGAUGAAAAGACCAUCGAUCAUUGUCAAAUGAUGGUGUACCUAACAGAUGCACGGGGAAGGUGUAGCUGGCUUAAUAAGAUUUAUUAUCGGCAGGGAUCCAUUUCGAAUUCUUAUGGACGGUUUCAUGGUCGCAUUCGAGCCGCCACCGGACUAGGAAAUGCAUCAAUAACCAUCUUAAACAUGCAGGCAUCGGAUUCUGGUAUUUAUACCUGUGAAGUUUUCAACCCUGAAAACCCAAAUACCCAGGGUGAAAAAACAAUGUCUGUCAGCGUACUAGUCCCCCCCUCCAAGCCUCACUGCAGCUUUGUUCAAGAUAAGGAGGCUGAAAUUGGCCACGCCAUCACCCUUUUCUGCUUUUCUGAAACGGGGAUGCCUGAACCUAUGUAUCUCUGGCACAGAGUAUCAGGAGAUUCAGCCGUACACGUGACAGGGAACUACAUUCCUCAAAGUGGUCGCUUGGUAAUAGGAAACCUGACAAAAUUUGAAGAAGGCUACUACCGUUGCACAGCUAUUAACUCUCUUGGAAACAGCACCUGCCAAAUCGACCUCACUACAAAACAUUCAGAAGGUGGCAUUAUUGUUGGAGCAUUAAUUGCAGCAAUUCUGGCAGCUGCUCUGAUUGGUGUAAUUGUUUGGGUUGUAGCCUCAAAGGAGAAAGAAAAGAAGAAAAAAGAGAAAGCUGCAAUCAGUGAAAUGCAGACUGUGGCUCAUAAAGAACCACUGAAUGUUGCCUACGCUGCUGUGCCCAGCCAAGAAAGUGCCCCAGUGGCAGCUGUUCCACCAAGCAAAGAAUCCAAUGAGACCAGUGAAUACAGCACCCCAGAGGAGGCUGAGGUUGCUACCAUGCCUGAGAAUGCGACACAAGAAAUGGAGCGCCAACCAGUUGCCUAAAUUUUCCUCACAACGUUAAGGGAACCCAACAGCAACUUGUCCAGAAACAAAUUUAUAAAAAGCACAACCAUUUUAACCACUUCCCCCAGUGCAGCAAGGGCUUCUACAUGCAGGUCCCCUUUUGGAUCAGGACCUGCAUGCACAAAAGGCUGCUCAGCGUGUGACUCCCUUGGCUGUAUGUGAACAUCCAGGACCCAGAACCAUGCAUGGCAGCUUUGUCCCCUGGUCUGGGCCUGCAUGCACACUGCUGCACAGUAUCUAUCUCACCUCCCCACCCCCUUCUCCUCCAGCAGGUUAGCAGUACUGGUCAUCUUUUCAACUGGUGUGUAGGUUUCAGAAUUGGAGCACAGGUCUUUAAGGAGUUAGAGACCCCAUGCUUUCAAACAGCUAAAGAAAGGCAGGUACUAUUCCUUUAGCACACGUAUUGCAAACGUUGCACCUAUGCUCUUGAGGUCUUGCCUUGGUACCCACAAAACCUCUGACCUCUCCCCUUCACUGUCUUCUUGGUUAUGAGGUGGUCAGGGUGGCCACCUUUCCCCCCCUCCCCUUGGAAAAGUACACAGAGCUGAAGGAGGAAGUUGGAAGAGCAGCCCUCUUCUCCACUCCUUCAAUCAUCUCUAUAGUACUUUCCAGGCUCAGAUUAAUUCUACUGAAAUGCCCAGAGUCUGGAGCCCAUAGCACACACUUAAAAAUGCAAGUGUACCCAUGGCUUAAGGUUGGCAACCCCUACUUUUAAGAUAUAUGUAAAAAUCAUAUUUUUAAAGCACUUACAAUGCUGUGCCGAUAUAUUAUUCUUUUGCAUUUUCCUUAUUAAAUGGAAUGAGAUGUUUUAGGCUCUAAAACAACUAUAGCUCUUCCACAGCUCACAGCUUAAGUUAUUACUCAGAAUAACGCUAUCCUAGAACUAUCUGCCAAACUACAUUUUUCAUCCUACAUAAUAACUGCACUUACUAUGGGGAUGAUCAAAAGCAGCUUGCAUCCAGCUCUGUCUUGCAAUGGGCCUUCUCAGUCCCAACUUUCCUAAAAGCAGCUCAUUGAGCCUCCUCUUCCAAUCACAGGGAACUUCAGAAACAUCCUCCUGUGCAACAGCUUCUCUGAGAAAAACAUCCUC